AGGCCCGCUCUCGCGGGCCGGAAGCGCUCGCGCAGCGCAGCUUCCCCUCAGCGUUGAGGGGGGCCAGCGGAGGCGGCGCCAUCUUGGCGGAGCCGUGCCGGGAGCUGCGGGCCCCGUCCGAGCGGCGUGUCCGUUAAGUUGAUUUUACAGAAUUUAUCAGGUCUCCAAAGCAGAAACAGGUGAUUUUUGCUGUGGGUUGAGCUCAGCAUGGCUGUAGUCAUCCGUUUACAGGGGCUUCCUGUUGUUGCGGGUCCUCCAGAUAUUCGUCGUUUCUUCUUGGGAUUGAAUAUUCCUGAUGGAGGUGUGCAUAUUAUUGGAGGAGAGAUUGGGGAGGCUUUUAUUAUAUUUGCAACAGAUGAAGAUGCACGGCGUGCCAUGAGCUGUUCAGGAAGGUUUAUCAAGGACUCGCGCAUAGAGCUCUUUCUCAGCAGCAAGGCAGAGAUGCAGAAUACCAUAGAAAUGAGCCGGAAACGAUUUGACCGUGGGGGACGAGAAAGUAUGUCUGGCUCUAGAAGAACAGGUACUAAUGGUUCUAGUACAUCAAGUAUUGGAGAUAUACCACAUUUAGUUACAGCUUCUCCAAAACUAAUAAGAAAACCUAGUUACGGGCCACCAAAUCGCCUGGAGGCUGGUUUCCAUACUAACGGCACAAGAUAUGGUGAUAUGGGUAUACCUAAGUCAAACUAUCAGUUAAGAAAGGAUUCUCACCCAUUUAACCCAGAUGAUCGUUACUUAUUUCUACGGGGUAUACCUUACUCUGCAACAGAAGUUGAAGUACGUACUUUCCUUUCGGGGAUACAUGUGGAUGGAGUGAUUCUGAUAAAGCACCGCAAUGGUUUAAACAAUGGUGAUUGCUUGGUAAAAUGUGCUACACCUGGUGAUGCCUUAGAAGGACUUAAACGUCAUAGACAAUACAUGGGUCAGAGGUUUAUAGAAAUUAGCCCAGCUACAGAGGAACGGUGGAUUGAAUGUGGUGGGAGGAUAGACAUGCCAGAUGAAAUGGAUGACUUUUUGUGCGAAGACCAUUCUCCAAGAAGUUCAGGCUACAUGCAUUCAAGGAAGCAUUCUCGUUCAAGAUCACCAAGGAGACAAAGAACACAUUCUCGUUCAUCUCCCAGCCAGGAUUAUUACAUACACCUAAGAAAUCUAUCUUUUAAUGUAGAAAAGAGAGAUCUGAGAGAUUUUUUCCCUGAUUUGGAUAUACACAGCAAACAGAUCAAGAUUUUAGCAGAUAAGCAUCAGAAAAGGACUAGAGAUGCUUUUGUGGUAUUAAGGAAUGAGAGAGAAUAUCAGGCUGCUUUGGAAUGUCAUAGAAAGGUUCUUCUCAAUCGUCCUGUGUACAUUUUUCCAAUUUCAAGAAAGUCAAUGUUGAAAAUAAUUGACUCUUGUGAGAGGAAAAGAUCACCGGACAGAGAUCAUUUUGGACAGGCCAUAUCAGAAAAAUGUUAUCGGGAAGGUCAUUCCAGCCCUAAGACUUGUGUUUAUGUAAGGAAUUUUCCAUUUGAUGUGUCAAAAAUUGAAGUGCAAAAGUUCUUUUCAAGAUUUGAUAUUGAUGAAGAUGAUAUUUACUUGCUCUAUGAUGAAAAAGGAGUUGGACUGGGAGAAGCACUAGUGAAGUUUAAAUCUGAAGAACAAGCUAUGAAAGCAGAAAAUUUAAAUCGUCAAACUUUUUUGGGAACAGAAGUAUUAAUAAGACUAAUAUCUCAAGAUCAGAUGGAGAAGUUUGGUGUAGCUGCACCGUUAUCUGCACCAAAUGAAAUGCACAGUCAUUCACAUCUGUAUGACAGAGCUGACCUCUCCCGUCCAGUUGGUUCACCAUCUGGGCCACCACAAGGGCCACCCAUGCAUUCAUUUGGUCCCCCUGGGAACUUCAGGCAUCAUUCUGAAUUUAGACAUCCCCCUGAGGACUUCAUGUGCCCUCCUAAGGAUUUUAGGGGUCCACCACCCCUCAUGGAUUUUGGUGGUGACAGUGAACCUUUUGGCAGAAUGGAGUUUGGGAAUAAUAAAAUGGGAAGUUUUCCUGAAGGAAGAUUUAUGCCAGAUCCAAAUUUCAGUGGUGGUUCUGAACGUGUUGUUCCUAUUCUAUUGAAAAAUUUACCUUUUAAAGCUACUCCUAAUGAGAUUCUGGAUUUUUUCUAUGGCUACAGAGUGAUACCAGAGUCAGUUUCUGUGCAGUACAAUGAACAAGGAUUACCUUCUGGUGAUGCCAUCGUUGCUAUGACAAACUAUGAGGAAGCUAUGGCUGCUAUUAAUGAACUAAAUGAUAGGCCCAUUGGUCCACGGAAAGUUAAGUUGAGUUUGCUGUAAAGGAGGAAAGGAUGCUUUAAUAACACAUUCUAGGUUUGACAGUAUUGACAGUUAUUUUAACUUUUAAUUACUGGAAGAUGCAAAACAGUUUCCAUCAGCUGUUGUAAAUAAUACCCAGUUCAGUUUUUUAGCUCUUGGUUGAAAUACCUGUAGGACAUUGAAUGUCUUACAUCAAGGUAUAAAGGGAUGGAGUUACAAAGGUUUGGGUUGUUUAUUUUUUAGAUUAAUUCCAGUCUUAUGUCUUUGCAUCAAAUAAAAACAUAAGUGCUGGUUGACUGACCACACAAACGGUUCAAAUAGAAGAUUUUCAGUGCUGCCUGCAUUAAUAAGUGACACUUAAUGAGGUUAGUUUAAUAAAAUUUUUAAAAAAACUGAUUUUUUUUUUUUUUUUUUGUUUCCUUUUUGUGUAAACUUUUCAGGUUUUAUUCGGUUUCAUGUGUUUGCAGGCAUUCCUGUUUAAAAAGCUACCUGUUCUUAUUAGCUGGCUGUGCAACUUUCUUAAAAUAAAAAGGAAAUUGCCAUUUAAAUGUGUGUCUUAUAUUUAAAACUUGUAUAGUUAAUGAUGUCAACUAUUAGGCUCAUCAGAUCUGGGUCUUGUUGAGAAUGCUGCUUGCUGCUUCAUCUGGAAAGAGUGAACUGGUAGUUUGUCAACACAGAUGGCAAAGCAGAGGAUGGGUCGUUUAUAGAGAUUGGAGAGGCUCUAUUCAUCAGUUAAGACUUUUUUUCUCACUCACUGUAGUACCUUGAGGCAGAAAAUGAAUGUUGGAAUUAGAUCAAGAAUUCUGACUUCAGGUUUUGUUUUAUCUUCACAUGCUGCAUAAUAUGAAUACUAACUGGCUAAUGAUGUCUGGAUGCAUUCCAGGUCAAUCUCUGAUUAGUUUUAACUAACAUCUGUCACUGGCAGCCAAGCUGACAACCAAGUAUGUUAUUUUCCGAUGUAAUAAAUGCUUAUGUCAGCAUUUAGAAUGUGUUGUUUUCACUGGUUUGUUACCAGCAUAUUUAAAUUUUAGCAAGAAAUAAAAGGUAGCUUGGAAAAGCUGUGUCUUCAGAAUUAAGGCUUAGUAGGAAACUUUGAUGAUUGUGUGGGCAAGGACUUUCCUUGACAUUGCAAGUGCAAGAUAGUAUCUGUAGUACUAAAGGAUUAAGUCUCAGUCCCUUCAAACUGAGACAACAAAGUUGCAAUUUAGCAGUGAAAACUUAACUUUGGUUGUUCAAUACCCAGAAUUCCUAAAUUCAUGAAGUAGGGAGGUCUCUAUUCCAAUUCCCUCCUCAAAGCAAGUUUCAGCUAGAAUGGGCUACUCAAGGCCUUGUCUGUUGCAUCUUUAAUAGCUUUAAGGACAGAGCUGUCUGGUCAGCCUUUCCAGUGAAUGAUCCCCUGUCACUGGUGGUCAGACCUUAAUUACUUUGUGUGAAGUCAUCAUCAUGAUUGCAGAACUUCCAUGCCAACUGUUUGGUACAAGCAAACAAAAUGAAUGAAAUUUUUUGUUCUGUAAUAUUUAAAAGGUUAGUGUAGCUUUAUUCUGCAUAUUAUUUGUUCUAUGUUUUAAGUGCCAAGGAAAAAGCUUUUUGAAUGAUAAUGCAAGGUCUGUAUAUGUAGAUUACUCUGAGCAAAGAACCGUAAUGGCCAAGUUUUCAAAUUCUGAACACUUAGCAUACUGAUACUUGCUUUAGGAAUUAGCUUCAGAAUCAUUCAGUUUUGAAUCCUCGUCGGAACUUAAAAGGAAUUAAAACCCAACAAUUUUGUGCUUUAUUUAAUAGCUACUGUAAAAGAGAUCAAGGAGCCAGAAGAUGUUUCACGGAAAAUAAAGACAUGAGAAAUCCUCAAAAUAAACUUCCCUGACCAUCAUGUGGAAAACUUCAUUGCCACUGUUUUUGUUAGCUAGUGUCUUUACUACUAAGCUGUGUUGAAAAUGUGAAUACAACUAACUUCUCCAGUUAAUCAGUUUUAGAUGAUUUGUAUAUUUUUAAGGCACUUCUACUUAUUACACAAUAGGAGAUUUCAAACUUGGAGUCUGGAAAGGUAAGAAGGUUUAGUAGAAUGCUUUGCCAGUAAAGUGUGAAAUUAUCUUUCAGAAAAAAAACUACUUGUUUUCAGAAAAGGUUAAGAGUAACUGCUGAUAAGAUACCAUUAGUUUUUCAGAUGGUAGACUCUUUUUCCCCCUUAGUGAACAUAUAAAAAGUAUCAUAAAGCUUGUAAUGGCAGAGGUCAUAAUUAAGGCAUUACAAGAUGGUCUUUUGUUUGCCCUGUAGCUGAUUUGUAUUUAAUUUAAAGCCAGAUUAGAGUUUAUGACUAGUUUAGGUUAACCUGAAAUGUUUGAUUGAUAGACCAAAAAAAUUUAUUUUUCCAAGGUCUAUAAAGAGCUGUAUCUCAAAGUAUGUACAGAUGCACCGAAGCAUAGGAAACUUGGGAAGGGAUGCCAGUAAGUACAUCAGUUAAAUAAUAAUAGGUUCAUAGUUUAUAGCUGUUAUCUGGUUGGUGUUUUGGGUCUGUGUCCGUCUUCCUCUGUUCCCCCUGCCUCUAUAAUGCCCCAUGGCAUUAUAUUCUGAUUCUGCCUGCAUACAUAGUACAGGUGCAUAACGUGAUGACAGCAUUUCCUGAUAAUAGGAUUUUGUAACAUCAGAUGUCUAGUGGUUUGGAGGCAUUGUAUUUCCAGUACAAAGGACAAAUCAGAAACUGUCUAUAAUUACGUGGCCUGAAAUACUGUUCUUCCUUUUUAAGUACCACCCAUAUAGUAAGGAGUAACAAAUGAAAUGCUACAGUUUGUGAUGUUGAUCUAAAACAUAGCAAGUUUCCUUAGUUAUGCCUUCUCUGAAGUUGCUGCUGCUAUCAUUGUCCAGAAAUUCUGAUGUGAAAGAGAACAGUUUCUGUUGUCAAAAACUAGAAACAGUGAUCACCUAUGAAAGCAGCUUGAGACAUUGAAGGAAGGUCUAACAGGACAGUCUGAUGAGCACCCCUAAUCCCAAAGGAAUGUGUCAGUGUGUUCAACAGAGAGGCAAAAUAGUCCAGGCAAGAAUUGAUACAUUCCUGCAUCGUGUAGGUGCCAGUUAUAAAAAAUACAAAUGAGUGAAUGGAAUAACUGCAAGUCAGUCUUGCAGUAUGCACUUGUACCAUGAGAAGAUUCUUUGCGGAAGUGUCUUUAGGUAAUACUUAAUUCUUUACUAACAACCUAACUUGUUAUUCUGGCUGUGAAGUAUUUUAACCAGGGACUUUUCAUCUGUAGUUUUGAAGUCACAAUUUCUGUGCAACAUGCAAAGUUAAGACAUCAUGCAUGCAGGACAAAGUUACCCAACACUGUACUUCUUUUCUGGAAAUUUUUCUGUGAUUCCUGAAAUUGACUUUUCUUUGUGACUUAGGAAGAACAAAUUUUAUGUUUGUGAACUGCAUUAUCUUUUAGAGGGCAAUUAAUGUAAACAAAACUGCCUUUUUUUCAGAAUUGCUUUCUCAAGGCAUAGUACACAAAUAUUUGCUAUCUGUAUCUAUGUAUAUUAUAUGAAAACCUGAAAUUGUUAUGAAGUUAGCCAUCUGUUUUGGAGAUGAACUACUUCAUUGCGUGUGAAAUGGUAAAGUGGUGAUCACCAUAAUUCUGAUGUGAUGCAACUAUUUAUUGAAGUGCCUUAUUUGCUGAAAUAGAUGGGAAAUAAUUAUGUAGAUGCUUUUAAAAGUUUUGCUCAUCGGUCUUUACUCCUUGCCAGCAGUAAUUCAAUGUCAAUUGACAUUGAUAUGUAAUGCUGGUGUAAAAUUAUUUUCUGGGUUUUAAACAGAAUCCUGUAUUGUGAACUUUUCACUUAUUUCCAUCACAUUAAUUUUUGGCAAAACCUGUUUUUUCACGUGCCAAAGCAGGUAUGCAUUGCAU